AGAUGGCGUCCAUCAUGGAGGGGCCGCUCAGCAAGUGGACUAACGUCAUGAAAGGUUGGCAGUAUCGGUGGUUUGUUUUGGACUACAACGCCGGCCUGCUGUCAUACUACACGUCAAAAGACAAGAUGAUGAGAGGAUCCAGAAGGGGCUGUGUGCGACUCAGGGGAGCUGUGAUCGGCAUUGAUGACGAAGACGACAGCACAUUCACCAUCACUGUGGACCAGAAGACUUUCCAUUUCCAAGCCCGAGAUGCAGACGAGCGGGAGAAGUGGAUCCACGCCUUAGAGGGAACUAUCCUUCGUCACACCCUCCAGCUCCGGGAAGCAGAGACGGGAUUUGUUCCGAGCGUACAAGACUUUGAUAAGAAGCUCGCUGAAGCUGAUGCCUAUCUCCAAAUACUGAUUGACCAGUUAAAGCUGUUUGAUGAGAAGAUAAAGGACUGCAAAGAGGAUGAAUCACGCAGAAAAAUUGAAAAUUUGAGGGAGACCACAUGUAGUAUGGUAGAAUCCAUCAAGCACUGUAUUGUACUGCUGCAAAUUGCCAAGGACCAAAGUAACGAACAGCAACACGCAAACGGACUUAUAAGCACUAUAAACCCAGUGGAUGGGAUCUAUCAGCCCCCUCUGGACACUCCUGUAGUCAACACCACGAUGCCAACGCAGACCACACUACCCACAGACGCUUCUCAGGUGUGUAAAUCAGACCAACGACCCUACGUACCUGUUGGUCCUGUCGUCACGGUGAUGGGCAGUCUGCAGACACCAACCCCCAACAGCACAGGUAACAUGCCCUCAGGCCCCAGCAGUGGCGUCGCCUCCCCUGCUCACAUCCCCCUCCCCUCACACUCGGUGCCAGACUUCUCCUACUCCUCCAGCGAGGAUGAAUUUUACGAUGCCGAUGAGUUCUACCAGAGCAGCACUUCCCCGAAACACUGCAUAGAUCCCUCAGGGCCCCCCGCCGCCUCCCCCCUCACUAAUGAGGAAACUGUGUUGAAACGACCCGACACGACAGAGUCCCUCAACUCAUCCAUGUCCAAUGGUACCACAGAUGCAGACCCCUUUGAUAGCCAUGAUGAUCGUGAUGAUGAAGGCGAGGGGGAAUCCGUGGAAGAGCACAAGAGCGUUAUCAUGCAUCUGCUUUCUCAAGUUCGUCUGGGCAUGGACCUGACAAAGGUGGUCCUGCCAACCUUCAUCCUAGAACGGAGAUCUUUGUUAGAGAUGUACGCAGACUUCUUUGCACACCCCGACUUAUUUGUAAGUAUCGCUGAGCAGCCAGACCCUCGGGAUCGCAUGGUUUACGUGGUCAAAUGGUACCUGUCAGCCUUCCACGCAGGGAGGAAAGGCUCAGUUGCCAAAAAACCUUACAACCCCAUCCUGGGGGAAGUGUUCUACUGCCACUGGGAUCUGCCCAGUGAGAUGGAGGAGCUUCCCCCACACACGGAAACUGUAUCAGACGGUCCAGUCCCGUGGUCAUCCAACAGUGUGUGUUUUGUGGCAGAGCAGGUCUCUCACCACCCCCCCAUUUCUGCCUUCUAUGCAGAGUGUUUAAGUAAGAAGAUCCAGUUCAAUGCCCACAUCUGGACCAAGUCUAAGUUCUUAGGAAUGUCCAUAGGUGUUCAUAAUAUUGGCCAAGGCUGCGUGUCAUGUUUGGAGUAUGAUGAACAUUACAUCCUCACAUUCCCCAACGGAUAUGGCAGGUCAAUUCUGACCGUGCCCUGGGUGGAGCUUGGAGGAGAAUGUAACAUCUCCUGCUCUAAGUCAGGUUACAGUGCCAACAUCGUGUUUCACACCAAACCUUUCUAUGGAGGGAAAAAGCACAGGAUCACUGCUGAGAUUUUUGCACCGAAUGAUAAGAAGUCUUACUGCUCCAUUGAAGGGGAGUGGAAUGGAGUGAUGUACGCCAAGUGGGCAUCUGGAGAGAACACAGUCUUUAUUGACACCAAGAGGAUGGGAAUCAUUAAGAAGAAGGUGAGGAAACUGGAAGACCAGCUGGAGUACGAGUCCCGAAGAUUGUGGAAAGAUGUGACAGUGAAUCUGAAGCUGAAAGACAUUGAUGCAGCGACAGAAGCCAAACACCGACUGGAGGAAAAACAGAGAGCUGAAGCCCGAGAAAGAAAGGAGAAUGAGCAGCAGUGGGAAACCAGGCUCUUCCAUGAGGACGGCGAGUGCUGGGUCUACGAUGAGCCGCUAUUAAAGAGAUUAGCCUCUCAGAGGCACUAAACAGACACUGACCCACACAUAUACAUAUGCAGAAACAAAUGCACACACAACAGAGUCUUCAUAAGAACUCUUUUGCAAAACCAAUUCUUAUCCAAGCCUUGGAAUGACUGGUUGAUUGAAAAUGUACACAGCUUUGCAUUUGACUGUAAAACGGUAUGGAAAUGAACGAAAUCGAAUGGAAAAGCUUCUAAGAUGUAACAUGAAAAUUAGUAAAGCUCUUCUCCUUAUUUGGUCAAUCUCACGUCCACCACUGGUGACACCCCACCUCCCGCCAACCACAUGACUCAGUGUGGAGAUGGGAGUAACGACACCCCCUCUCUGACCUCUGUCCGUCAGCUUCACAACUACACCCACCUUUAGCUCUGCAGGACGAGCUGGAGCAGCACUCGUUUCCCUACAAACACGCAUUUUACUGGGGGUGUGUGGUUGAUGGUGUUCACGUCAAACAAACCUCGACUAAUAAAACAGCGCUCUACAUCUCAGGGAAUCUGGUGACUGAGGGAAGUAAAAGCUACUGCCCCCCCGGGUGUCUGACAGCUUUAGAAUGGUGGACCGGAUCAAUCCUAAAAGGGGUGGGGAGAACGUCUCUGCUUGCCUGCAACUAGUUAUAACUGUUGUUUAUAUAUAGAUAUACAUAUGAUGGAUAUAUAAAUAUAUAUUCUUUUUUAUUUUCAAUGCUCUUUUCUUUUUUGGCAAUAGUGUAACAUAUUUGAGGAUAUGAACUUUGUGGCUUUUACAUCUUUAGGAAUCAUUCCAUUUACUUUUUUGAUGUUCUGUUUCCAUUUCAAGGUAACUUUGCCUCUUCCACCUGUUUGGUCCUUCACACCAUUUUGUGUUUUCCUGAAGCUUCGUCAUACAUGCAUCAGAACACGUAUGACUGGGAGAAACGUGUGACAGGUUUAUGCAAUAUAGGUCGGAUGUCCUUCAUGCCAAAAUAUUUUGAAAGAAAAGCUGAAGGCUUUUCUGGACAAAGAACAAGUACUCUUGAGAUUGUUCCCUGUUGCCUGAAGGCGUUUAAUACCAAGAUUGUUUACUUAUUUUUGUCUUUGUGGAUCACUGGUGUAUGAUGAGGAUGCAAGGCCAGGACAGAGUCUCGAGUCUUCUGUUUGUUCUGCACGACGCUGUCCUCAGUUUCUUCUCAAACACCCCCCAGAUGUCAGUGGAUUACCUCCAUGUUUCCUUUAGUCGAUCGUGCAGAGAAAACACACAGCCAGAGUAGACUUUAGAAUGCUGCUGCUAGAGUUCAGACUGUAUUCUACCAGUUGAGUUUCCCUGUAAUCAUUGUUUUUUGUCCAGUGUUUUUCAAGAUCAGAACUACAGAGGUCAGUAUUCAUCCGACUGUUCACAUCUGCUCAUUCAUUCUUAUUUACUACUACAUUUCUGUCUAAAUGCAACAAUAUUUGGACGAGAUACAAAAAUACAUUUUCAACCAGAAAAGUCCCAAGCAAAUCUAACAAGUCAGCUCAUUUGAGUUGUAUUCAUGUGCUUAACAUUCACAGUUAUAGUUCUGUAGUCCCAUAUAUUUAACUAGUUUUGAGUUGAAAUUAAAUUCUUACUGUGGUGAAGGGAUCUAUAAAGACAAAUAUAUUGUUGGUGCUUCAUGCGCAUUCACUGAUGUAUGGGGGGGGUUGUCAGUGGCCUUAGUUCAGCGGUUCUUAUUCCACUCCAAAGACAUGUCCAUAGAAAGACAAAACCAACCUUGUUAGAUUAGGAGUAUAAAUUAAAUUCAAAGCUUAAGAUAGAAAUAUUUUGUGUUUCCCUUCAUGUUUUUUGUCAUUGUAAACUGUGUUGAAUCGAGGCCUUGCCAUCCAUUUCAGUUUGACGCCUAAUGGAGCAAUCAAAACAAAUGUACUUUUUUUUUUUCAUUCUGAUCAUAACCAUUGAUUGUAUCAGAUUCUCCUGUUUAUUGAUGCAUAAUAUUAAAUCUCCAUGAGUUUA